AUAGAUAGAUAGAUACAGAUAGAUAGAUAGAUAGAUAGAUAGAUAGAUAGAUAGAUAGAUAGAUAGAUAGAUAGAUAGAUGUUGGUAACCAGUACUCUUUAUUUCUAUAUGGAACACAGCGCUCAGAGCUGGCUGUAUGUCUGCCUCAGAUGACCUUGCUCACACAAUUGGCAUGCUUGUUAGUUUUAUGGACGGGUCAUGUUACUUGUGUUUAUAAACCAAUUAGUUGCUACUUUAAAACGAAUAAAAUUGUGGUCGAGCCUCCUCUUCUUUAGAUAAAAUUAGGAGAAAGCUCUCGGCAGAUUAGCCUCAGAUGACACAUGAGCCUGCGUCCUCAAGAGGGUUCAGGCAUCGCUCACCUCGACUUGAAGUAGUACAUAACGCUCAUAUGUCAAGAGUCAUAUGAGCCCAAAAUGAGCCACAACUCUUAGGCGUGACAGCCGUCAGUGUGCUAAGGGUUCACUAGUACACUAUGUAUCCAAGCCUCUUUCAACAGCUCUCCAGCGCACAUUACCAGAUCCCCCUGUAGCACCGUUUAGUGUUUUAUCUGGUGUUUUCCCACCAUCGGUGGAUACAGUCCCCGCUUCUUCUUCCUUGUUAGUAUGCAGAGCAGCACCACUGAAGGGAAAGCAGUCUGUUCCACCCAUUUAUAUCUCGCUGAUCAGAGAUAAAAUAUCUCGCCUCCGCCUUGCAAAGAUCAAACAGACUAAUCAUAAAGAGGAUCUGAAAAAUUUUUUCUUUAAAGAUCUGCCACCCCUUUAUGAUUUUUUUACGGGCACAGAACUAUUGACUAAGCAUUCCUUCUAAGCCCUAAACGGAUGCAAUUCCAGUUUAUUUUUAUUUUUUUUGUGCAUGCAUGUACGUAACUGAUGUGUGCGCAUGUUUAUGUUUAUUUUCUAUCAUCUUAUGGAAAUGGCGAGCAUUGAAGUGGGCUAAUCACGGCGGGGAUGUUACAUAUUCAGACAUGCAAAUGUAUAUAACUGCUUGUUUUUCUUACGCAAAAACUCUUUUUGGUCUAUUCAGUGUCUAGCUGGGACUUGCACGUCGUGCGUUGAUUCCGAUUGCUUUCACUGUGCUCAUUUGUAAAUAAAAGCGUCUGCUGAACGACUAAGUGUAAACGUUAGGCCAGGUCGAGGUAUCGUGGUGAAUUAAUUUGCAGUAAAUGCAAAAAAAAUAAAUAAAUAAAAUAAAAAAAUUUAAUCGAAAUGAAAUGCUAUGGAAUGCAAUGAACCAGUAGUCUCAGUAGGUCGUACUCUAGUUGUUUGCUUUUAUCGUGGUUGUAAACCGUGGCUCCUACCUUAUAGCGACCUCUUCUGGACGAUGUGAAGUGUAAAUUAGUUUGGAAUAGAAAUGGAAAUAAACAAAUACAUUAUUGUGACGUGCAAAUUAUUGUUACUGUUGUUUUAACUUAAAAAAUCAUAUUAAUAAACCGUUUGAAUUAUGUGUUCGUUUAAUUGCCUGACUAUCGUAUAUGUAAGCUCCCACUGUAUUUUAUUAAUAUGCAAUAUCUAAAAAAUAAAGCAUAUCCUAGUGGAGUUAGGAUUUUAGUGACCUUCCGCGAGCCGCUCCUCCGGGCCGGCAGGGGGCGGCGCUUCCGCGGCGUCUCCAUGACUCCGAGCUGACGACACGCACGCGGCAAAAACAAAACUGACGUGCGCGCGGAAUUUACCCAAACAUUACGUUUUAGUUUCUUUCGCACAGUUUAGAGGCCGGAGCUGUGCGUUUUUCGAGGCGCAGAUUAUUUUUGUCAAGCAGCCGUCGCUUGCUCGCGCACUGAAGGGUAUUCCGGAAAUACGUGGUCAUGGAUUGUGCAGAGACGAGAUACGCCCAUCUGCUGCAGCCCCUGCGGGACCUCACCAAGAACUGGGACGUUGACCUGGCCAGCCAGCUGGGAGAGUAUCUUGAGGAGCUGGACCAGAUGACCAUUUCUUUUGAUGGCGGGAAGACCAUGAUGAACUUUGCAGAGGCUGCGCUUUUGAUCCAAGGGUCCACAUGCAUCUACGGUCGAAAGGUGGAGCUCCUUCACACUCUGGUGUUUCAAACGUUAGAUUACAUCUCGAACAAAAACAAGAAACGUGAUAAACAAGGCUCUUCGUCAGACGCUAACCAAGAAAAUGCCCCUUCAGGCGACGAAGGUGAUGGUUGUGAGUUUGAUGAGAUUGAGCAGGACGAGACCAUCAACUCGGAGAAUAUAACGAUGAAAGAUACAACAGAGCCAGUAAGGAUUAUCCGUCUCCCCCCUGAAUCUCUCAUCCCCGUGGAAUCGCUGGAGAAACAGAAGUACCCCCUUCUCAGCCUUAAAGCGGAGCUUCUUGGCAGCUGUAAGGAUUUUCGAAUUAAUAAUUUCACCAUCGACGGCUCAGGACUGAUGCGUCUGGGCUCUUCCCACACUCACUUCCUCAAGGAGGUCGGAGAAAUCCAAAACAACUUCUCAGUACAUAAACCCGUGCUCUUAGACAACGAAGCUGUAGCUGAGGUUAAUGGUGGUUACGAUGAAGAAGAUGGAGGCGCAGAGGUUCUUCCUCCACUGGAGGAUCACGGGAUGGAGUUGGAGUCUGAAGAGUGGGUGGAAAGACAUCAGGCCCCUAGUGAGGGGAGGGUGUUAAGACCGAGACCUGCAGUACAGUCAGUUCCAGAGGAACCUAAGCAGCUCAAGGAAACUGUGGAUCCUUGGAAAUGGCAUGAUUCAUAUGCUGAGUUUGGGGAGGACAAACCUCUCAAAACAGGAAAGUGUUAUAAAGUGCCCGCUGGUCUUGAAGAGUCUGGAAAGAGGAAGAGGAAGAGUGCUUCAAAACUUCAGGACUUUGGGAGCUGGUACUCUAAAGCCUUUGAGACUGAAGAUCGCAAGCUUAAGAAUGGACCAACCUAUCCUGACCUUAACUACAUCUUUGUGAGUAAAAUGGGUCAGCGUCUGAAAGCACAGAAGCAGAUCCUCAGGAAAAGGGGUGUUUUUGUCUCCGAUGAGGAGUUAAAGAAAACUUACUUGGAACCAGAGAAUAUGGAGGACCAGGUCGAGAUUGUCCGGCAUCCAGACGAAGAGGGUGAUGGCUUUUCGGAUGAGGAACAUGACAACUUGGUUGAUGAUCUUGAGCACCUUGGUGAACAGGAACAAAUUUUCCAUGACUUGCAUAUGAGCCGGAUGAGUUACGAAGAUCUGGUCAAGAAGAGUGUGGACUUGUUUCUAGUGAACUCUCAGAAGUAUGCGCAGGAGACUGCGUUGUCUCGAAGAGUCAAAGAGUGGGAGGAUGGGAUCAACCCUCAUCUUGCUGCUCAGGAGACCUGUCCAGCUUUUGACAUCCAUGAAUACGGAGACAGAAUUGUCCAGUCACUCUGUAGCGUGGGUGUGAAAAAAUCAUUUUCCUUUGUGGUCAAAGGCAAGGAGAACACAGAAGCCUGUAGAUACAUGCUGGCUGCUCUACAGCUGGCCAAUGAUUACACGGUGGAGAUUGACAAGAAAGAUGGUCUUGAAGAGAGCGUAGAUACUAUGGAGCUCAUGUUGAUGACUACACAGAGGGCUCAUGAACGACUUAAAACCUACAAUGCAGCCUCUGCUACAGAUAUUCCUUGACCUAUUAUGUGUGUUUAUUGCCUAUCUUCUCUUAGCUAUUUAGCUAUUUAUCACUGGCAAUGUCAAAGAAUUUCUAUGCUUUUUCACUGCCCUUAAGAUUUCAGUUUGGUCUGCGAUGAAGAAAUAACAGGCUUUUUCACAGGUGUUUGAGACCAGCUUUGCAUUUUAAGAAGCUGGUAUGCCAUAUUUCAUUGGCUAAAAUUAUAAGUCUGUAAAAUGCUUAAAAAAACGUCUGUUUCUAUGCAUGCUUUGAGAUUUUAAUGCUUAUUUCAUCUCUAAGUAAUUUGCAUGUCUGUACAGGUUCUAAACCAAUUUUAUAGAAUUUAUAGGAGACAAAAAUAAAAUAAACAGUGCUGCACUAUUUAAGAAGUCAUUUUGUUUGAUGUGAGACUAACAUUAACAGUAGCAAUAAAAUAUAUGAGAACUU